GCAGCGUACGUCAGCCGUGGGCAGGAGGGUUUCGACUUGACAUUCCCACAGGAAGGAGAGGGUGUGAUGAACGUUUACCUGUGCUCUGAUACCUGCUGUUUGUACGAGUCGGUCGUCGAAGUGUGCUUGUUUUAGGAGGUUAACCGUGGCUUUACUUGGGAGCAAAACGGAAGAGAUUUUUCAGAAUGCUGAGAAGGUCCUGACUCGUGGCCCCAAGAUGAGUGUGACCUCCUGGUUCCUGGUGAGUAGCUCCGGCACUCGCCACCGGCUGCCCCGGGAGAUGAUCUUCGUGGGUCGGGAUGACUGCGAGCUAAUGCUGCAGUCUCGUAGUGUGGACAAACAACAUGCUGUGAUCAACUACGACCCAAAGACGGAUGAACACAUGGUGAAGGACCUGGGCAGCCUGAAUGGGACUUUUGUGAAUGACUUGAGGAUCCCGGACCAAACCUACAUCACACUCAAGCUCUCAGAUGUUAUUCGCUUCGGUUACGAUGUCCACGUCUAUAUCUUGGAGAAAAGUCAACAUAAAGUACCAGAGGAAGCUCUUAAACAUGAAAAAUACACCAGCCAGUUGCAGCUGAGUAUCAAAGCUCUGGAGGUCAAGACAAAGGAGAAACUGCCCCAUAGUCCAGAGAAUAGCAAGGAUUUUGUCUCUAAAGCCAAGGUCCAGAACAGGGCGGAGAGGAAGGCCCACUCGUGCACAGCUACUACAGAAUCACCCAUAUCAAAGCCUACUCCUCUGUACGGUCAGCCGUCCUGGUGGGGGGAGGAUGAGGACCCUGAGAACAAGAAGUCACCAAAAGGAGGGAAGCAGCCAGGACAGGACUCACCAGAUUCAACCAAAGAUUCCCCCAGAUAUGACCUCAAUGGCUCCCUGUCUGACAGUCAGGCAAAGUCUAUUUUCUCUUACCGCCGAGAGCCCAGCUACUUUGAGAUCCCGACCAAAGAGCUCCAUCAGCGUCCGGCCAAGAAACCAGAGUCUCACGUACAUGAAGUCCCCACAAAGGACAUCCCUGAUCAGCGUGAGAAUGCCCUGUCCACCUCGACCCCUCCUGUGGUUCAAAGCCAUGCCUCUUUCACUAUUGAGUUUGAUGACUGCACACCAGGGAAAAUGAAGAUCAAGGACCACAUCACUAAGUUUUCAUUCCGCCAGCAGAAAAAGUUUCCCCAUGCACAAACUGCUGCUGCUCCCACUGAGGUGAUGUCAGCAGAAAGUAAAGUAGCGGACUGGCUUGUUCAGAGUAAUGCAAGUAUGAUGAGGAGGAGGUCACAAGCCGAGGACUUGUACAGUUCACUCAGUGAUCCCUCCAUGCAAAAACAACUCUCAAACUGGAAUGACAGCGCGCAUAGUGAUUCUGGUGUCCCUGGAACCAAUGGGAAUGACUUUCUUCCAUCAGAUCUUCAGUCUCGAUCCCUGAUCUCUCAACAUCAGAGCCAUUCUCCUCCAGAACGCUAUGCAUCUCCUGAAUCCGAGGAACCCACCUCCCCAGAGCCUCAAUCCUUUCAUGAUCACACCAAAACUGAGACUAAACAGGCCUUUGUCAUUGAAUUUUUUGAUGACAGUCAAAGAAAGAAGCGUUCUCAGUCUUUCACCAAUAACGCCACUCCCACUUCUGUCUCUGGACUCAGACCUGAGGUGGAGAAAUCCAGGAAGAGCCCCAGCCCAACUGGGGAAAAGGCUCCUCCUACUCAGCGCUACACGGUGCCUUUAAAAGGCAGUGACUCUCCGGGUCCCCAGAGGGUGGGCUCACUGAGAAGGGAGAAGACAGAGGAACACAUCAACACCGGUUUCUCCUCUCGCUCUGCCUCCUCUGUCUCCACACGUCCUUUCAGCAGUGUCGGACGCAAAUCCAAAUUGGCCCGGGACUUUACAGCAGAAUUUCUUAAACAAACAAAGCAGAAUGUUUCUGCAGAGAGAAAGACUACCAGCCCCCUGAACGUCAAAGCUGCUUUACCUGUUCAGAACCCCCAGAGCCCCCCACCAUCCCUUACUGCCAAUCAGCCACAGACUUCCUCCCCCAUCUAUCACCCUGUGCCUCUUAACAGCACAGUGACAUCAGUGACACAAGAGGGCGCUGAAGUGAAGAUUGCUCAGAGCGGUAGAAACGAUGAGGAGGACAAUCUUAGCGAUGCAGGCACCUACACCAUCGAGGCAGAUGUGCAGGACAAGGAGCUGGAAGAGGCCCGCAGCAAGAUUGACCAGGUGUUUGGGGUGCAAACCAACCAAAGUGAAGUAGAGGCGUCAACCACAGAUAGGCCUGUUAUUAUAAAUGACAGUGAGCAGCAUAGACAGAAUAGCGCUGGGCAGAUCCAACCCCCUAAGUGGAUGUCUUGCUGGGCCACCUUGGCAGAUAGCUAUACAGAAUGCCCCCCCUCGUCCUCCAUGUUGGACUCGUCUUCUCAGAUCGAACAAUCUGAUAGUGGUUCAAGGUACAAAGUCAUGUUGAGCCAAAGCCGGGUGAGUGCGGACCCCUAUGAUUCCAGAACCUACCAGGCUUCAACAGGAAACAAGGAGGACCUUCAAACCCCCAGUAUUCGUGUCCAUUAUGACAUGCAGUCCACAUUUGAUAUAGAGAAGAGUGGUGCUUCCAGAUCUCAGGACAGUCUUCUGAGAUUAUCUGUACAAGAUGAUGUUGAGCCAGACAGCUUAAGCGAUGCCAGUAAUUCAGGAGAUGGUUCUAUCAUUGAACAGAGGAGGAAACCCCUACAGGAUACAGAGGAGAAGAAACUAGAUAAUCCCACACUUCAGUCCAAGUCCACAUCAUUUUGCAUUGACCCAGAGGAGAAUGUGACACACACUGAAAACACCACAAAAACAGAGAAGAAACACAGUGGGAAAACUUUCUCAACGGCCACACUGACAAAGCAGAAAGCAGGCCAAGAACCAGGGAAAAUUCGGCCCAGUAUUUCAGCUCCCAUCUUUAGCCACAGUACUGUGGGGGAACUCACAGAGGGUCCAGGAGCAACUCUGCUGAGGCAAGAGAGCUUCACUAUGGAACGGCCUAGCACCGCCCGGCUGCCCCACAUCUCCAGCCCAGAGUCUGCACAGAGCUCUGCCUCUCAAGACACUCACUCGUAUCUCAAACAGACACAGGAUGUUCUGGCUACACUGGAGGCCAGGCUCCAGGGGGGACACGUAGAAUCUUCUGCAGGAAUGGAUUCUGCUGAGUCUGAUGUGGACACAUCCAGUUCUGUCAGCCAGCAAAGUAGCCAGACCAAAUCACACUCAGUCAUUAAAAAGCAGUCCAUUUUCCACCGGGAGAGGUCAUCUGCCAGUAUCACCAGCCAGGACUCUGCUGUUCAAUCCUCUGUGUCAGACAGAGCAGAGAAACAGAGAAGCUUCAAGACGGACACUUUCAGGAAACCUGCCACUUUGAGGCACAGUGUGGGAAAACAUGAAUCCACAGACAGUCGACAAUACUCAGACCAGGAGUCAAACCACACUCAGGUCAGUAGGAAAUACACUGUGCCCCUGCAAAAGGAGGAGACCAAGAACACCAAAGUGGCUCAGGUUCUGAGUCGUACAAACAGUCUGUCUGCUCCUCGACCCACGAGGGCGUCCAUGCUCCGACGCGCUCGCCUUGGAGAGUCGGACAAUGAGGCCACAGAGACUGACAAAGUGUCCCAGGAUGCUGUAAAACAACCUCAGGAACCUAAAAAACUCUCUAGAUGGGACAUGCUGGCCAUGCCCCGCAAGCGCACUGGUUCUUUUAACACUCCAAGUGACAAUGAAGCAUCAUCAGGCCCCCAGGGGACAGUGCGGAGCACAGGGUCCUCUAACCGCACAGAGACAAGAGCCAAUAGUGGUCGCAGAUCAUCUAUCUCAGGAGAGAAACCAUUAGAGAGGCCACAGAAAGCUCCUCUCAACAAGGCUCCCAUCACUCGAGUGCGUGCCAGCAGUGCCAAGUAUACCAGCAGCACAGCAAGCUCGAGGAGGCGGCAGAAGGGCUCAGACUAUACUUCUACCUCAGAUGAGGAGUAUGACUCCAACCAGAACACUCCUAAACCCAAACGCUCCCAACCCUCCUCAGCUUCUCACAGCCCACGCAGCCAGCCCCACCCCCAGCCUGUGGUCGCACUACGCCCCGUGGCCCGGAGCAAAGACUCGGAGGAUGAGAACCAUGAAGGGGAAUCCUACCACAAUUGGUCCACUCACAGCGCAGAAAUUGCACGGUUAAGCAAGGACCUAGCGAAAGACCUUGCCAUUCUGGCCAGAGAGAUCCACGAUGUAGCGGGAGAUGGGGACUCACAGAACACUGGAGCAGAGAGCAGAGCACCAAUUUCUACACUGACAGCUCAUGAACAGCUCAUUGGGCAUAUUCCCAAGACUAGCUUAAACCCGCAAAGAGGCCCCUCAGCAUCUGCAGGUCCAGCCGAAGCAGUCCCUAAAUUAAACCAUCAACAAAGACAAUGGGAUGAGAACAAAGAGGAGGUACAAGUGGAAAAUCAGCUGGAUCCUUUGUCUCGCAUCAUUAGUGCCAUCAGAGAAAACACAGAGGAGCUUAGUGAAAAAAUAAAGGUCCUGUUUCAAGACAAGAUGGACAUGUGGGAGGAAAUUGAAACAAAGAUUUCUGCUGAUGAUGAUAUGCCAGGUUUAAAAACCCCAAAUAAGGAUAUUGCAUUGAUUUUGUUGGAGCUAAGAAGAGUUCAACGGCAACUUGAAGUAAUGAACACAGUUGUGAAGCCCAGUGACCAGCUUGAAGUCACCAGGGCAUCCAACGUGUCAUCUUCUUCUUCUGGAGUCCGUCCAUCCAGAGUUGUGUCGUCACAGGACUGGAGGACCACCCCCUCUGUGUCCCGAAGAGGAGGGGGCCCAAGACCAGGGGACAGAGUCAGGAGAGUAGCCAUGGCAUCAGACGAUGGCAGAGAGGGCUACUUGGUCUGAGAUAUAACACUAAUAAAAACACACACUUUCAGUAAUGGUGCUCAAGCAUUUUGUCUCCAAGGAGGAAGUGAGAUUGGGGACAGAAGUGUUCCUUUAAAACUUAAAACACUUUAAAAAGUGGUGCACCAGUCAGUCGCCACUACCCAAUAAACUGUGCUAUAGAGAGGCCACCAGUAGGGGGCAGGAAAGUAAAUCUUUCUAUAUAAUUAAAGGUCUAUAAUGCCUGCUGAACCACAUUGCUGUAAUUCAAAGCUAAGAACCACCCUGAGAAAUGUAGUGCAAUUUAGCUGAAGGGAAGAUGCUUAUGAGUCACAAAUGAAUCAUAAUCUUAGAGUGUAAUGGGAGACUUAAGUGCCAGACAAAAUGCUUUUCUAUGAAAUUUUUUUUAUGUUGUUUUGUCAUUAUUGUUAUCUGUACAUGGUUGUGUUGUGUAGAUGAACACAAAUGAACACACAGUCAUUUGCUGGAAGUGUCUCAGGAAUGUGUGUGCUGAAUAAAAGGCGGGGUUUAGUUACUUAGCAACUCUAAACUCAAAUGACUCUGGGGAGGCUUUAGCUUUCUUCUAUUUAUAUAUUUAUAUUACUUGUCUCAAAGGCCUUAUUUAGAUCAUAGUUAUAUUGUUCAUAUUUAAACAAAGCACAAAACACUAAUUUCAUUUCGGUCAUGACAAUCAAAAGUUUGGUAGCUGAUUGGGCAGUUUCUGUACAUAGAUUUAACUUUGGCUUUUACUAUCAGCUGGACAAAACGUGCUUGGAUGAGCAUCAAAACGUCUUCACUUCUACAACGUUUUGUCCAUUUGACAGAUUUAAGUUUGUUUUUUACAAUGGAUCAGACCUGGACAACUAAGGAAUUACACAGAUUCAGUUCCAGUACACGCAUUCUUUAUCAUACACUACAGUUAUGAGGAUUCUGUGGUAGGAAUCUCUCUGGUAGUAUCUUUUGUAAUGGGUUUGUUCAUAGUUUGUCAUUAGCUGUUUGAUUACUGUAUACUAUCCUAUGUAUGUUUAAAUAAGAAUUACCUCUAUUUAUUCUUUUGCACUAAUUGUGUAACAUAUGAUCACCUCAACAUGACUUGAGUGUGUAUACCAGUACAUUUUUCCCUAUUCCCACUUCUGAAUGUAAUUUUACUAGAAGUGGGAUGUUUCUGCAAGUGCCCCAAAGCUGUGUGGGAGAGCUCUUCAUUCACCAGCCCCAUAGUUGUUUACAGACAAAAUACUGAAUGUCAUUUGUCAUUUUGACUUUUAAAAAAUUAUUUGCUGCUAUUUAUCUGCAAUGGGAUUGUGUCAGCCCUCUGCUUUCCUCCAUUAAGUGUCAAAUACAUAGCUCUUUGUGUUUCAGUUUCGUUUACGUAGAAAUUGUGAUCUAGUAUUAUUCUUUAAUUAUUUGUAAGUAAUUGAUGGG